AUGGCUCAAUCCAGAAACUACUGGAAACAAGAUUCGUUACCACUCUCCAUCUUAAUAUUUACAGUUGUGGCCACUGAAUGCACUAUCGGUAUCAUUGCAAACGGGAUCAUCAUGACUGUGAAUGCAGUCUCAUGGGUUCAGAAAAAGGCGGUUUCCAUAAAUGCUAGGAUCCUGCUUCUUCUGAGUGUAACCAGAAUAGGUCUCCAAAGCAUCGUCUUGAUAGAAAUGACCUUCUGUAUACUCAGCGUUUCUUUUUACAACAGUGUUUUCUAUGAUAUCUCCAAAGUAAUUUUUGUAUUCUUAAAUUACUGUACCCUCUGGUUUGCUGCUUUGCUUAGUUUCUUCCACCUUGUGAAGAUUGCCAAUUUCUCUUACCCUCUGUUCCUCAAGCUAAAGUGGAGAAUUUCUACACUGAUGCCCUGGCUUCUGCGGCUGUCAGUGUUUAUUUCUUUCACUUUCACCAUGUUCUUCUGCAAGAACACCUACACCGUCUAUUCCAACAGUUCUCGAAGCUUCACCAUCUACAACUUCACAACGAAAUUCUACUACGUUGAGACCAAGGUGGUCAGCAUGGCUUUUUUAUUCAGUUUGGGAAUCCUCCCUCCUCUGAUCAUGUUCACUACAGCGGCCACUCUGCUGAUUGUCUCUCUCAAUAGACACACCCUGAACAUGAGAAACUGUGCCACUGGCUACGGAAACCCCAGCAGAGAGGCUCACAUGCAGGCCAUCAAAGAAACCAGCUGCUUUCUCUUUCUCUAUAUUUCAAAUGCAGCUGCUCUGUUUCUGUCCGUAUCUAACAUAGUCAAUGUUAGUCUCCUCUGGAGUAUUGUGAUCAGAAUUGUCCUGCCUGCCUACCCAGCUGGCCAUUCAGUUUUACUGAUUCUUAACAACCCUGGAUUAAGAAGAACAUGGAAGCAGUUUCAGUCCCAAAUCCAUCAGUACUUACAAAAUAGAUUCUGA